CCUCUCAGUUGCCACGAGGGGCGGUGCCAAUGCGGAUACCGGCACCGCCUCGCCCGGUCGCGGCCCCACGCCUGCUGCUAAUUGGCUCCCUCCGAGGGCACUCUCGUACGGGGACACGUGGGCGGUGCGGACGCGCGGCGGUGGCCUAGUUGGGAUUGACCUCCAGGUGUGAAGAUCGCACUGCUCCCGCCCCGGGAGGGGGUUUGCCCGCUAGUGUCGCUGAAUGAUUGCAUCAUCGAAAGCAGAAAAACCCCUCUGCCGCCCCUUGGGCUCCGAAGUGCCUGCCGUGACGUCAUAGCCCUGCGAAGGCGGAAGUCGAGGUCGCGGGGGAUUUGAGGACCUCAUGGAGCCUAGAGGGACCAAGAGAGGAGCUGGGAAGAUCGAGGCGGCUGAAUCUCGGAACAAACUGCCCCGUCUAGCACCCUCACUGCCCACAGACCCCGCCCUCUACUCCGGGCCCUUUCCUUUCUACCGGCGCCCUUCAGAACUGGGCCGCUUCUCCCUGGAUGCGCAACGCCAGUACCAUGGAGAUGCCCGAGCCCUGCGCUACUAUAGCCCACCCCCCACCAACGGUCCAGGCCCCAACUUUGACCUCAGAGACGGAUACCCUGAUCGAUACCAGCCCCGGGACGAGGAGGUCCGAGAAGGGCUGGACCACCUGCUACGUUGGCUCCUGGAACACCGCGGCCAGCUGGAGGGGGGUCCAGGCUGGCUGGCAGGGGCUGUAGUGACAUGGCGGGGGCACCUGACAAAAUUGCUGACAACACCAUAUGAGCGGCAGGAGGGCUGGCAACUGGCAGCCUCCCGGUUCCAGGGGACACUGUACCUGAGUGAGGUAGAGACACCGGCUGCUCGGGCUCAGAGGCUUGCACGGCCACCCCUCCUCCGGGAGCUUAUGUACAUGGGCUACAAGUUUGAGCAGUACAUGUGUGCAGACAAACCCGGAGGCUCUCCAGACCCCUCUGGGGAGGUUAACACCAACAUGGCCUUCUGCUCUGUGCUACGCAGCCGCCUAGGAAGCCAUCCUCUGCUCUUCUCGGGGGAGGUAGAUUGCACAGACCCUCAGGCCCCAUCUACACAGCCCCCCACCUGCUAUGUGGAACUCAAGACCUCCAAGGAGAUGCACAGCCCUGGCCAAUGGAAGAGCUUCUACAGACACAAGCUUCUGAAAUGGUGGGCUCAGUCCUUCCUCCCAGGGGUCCCGAGUGUUGUUGCUGGCUUCCGUAACCCAGAGGGUUUUGUCUGUUCCCUCAAGACCUUUCCUACCAUGGAGAUGUUUGAAUAUGUCAGGAAUGACUGUGAUGGCUGGAAUCCCUCUGUGUGCAUGAACUUCUGUGACGCCUUCCUUAGCUUUGCUGAGAGCACAGUUGUCCAGGAUGACCCCAGGCUCGUCCACCUCUUCUCCUGGGAGCCUGGUGGCCCAGUCACUGUGUCUGUACAUCAAGAUGCGCCCUAUGCCUUCCUGCCCAUGUGGUACGUGGAAGCCAUGACCCAGGACCUCCCGUCGCCCCCUAAGACUCCCUCCCCAAAGUACUGAUGCUUUAGAGGGGCUGGUCCAGUCUCUAAAUAAUUAUAAAGGUAUAUUUAACAAUAAAGAUAUGUUUGCAAGUG